AUGCCUAAAUAUUUAGAUAUUGUAAUCACUCUUUGCUCCAAAUGCCUGCCUAAAUAUUUAGAUAUUGUAAUCACUCUUUGCUCCAAAUGCCUGCCUAAAUAUUUACACUUUGCAAUCCACCUUUGCUCCAAAUGCCUGCCUAAAUAUUUAGAUAUUGUAAUCACUCUUUGCUCCAAAUGCCUGCCUAAAUAUUUAGAUAUUGUAAUCCCUCUUUGCUCCAAAUGCCUGCCUAAAUAUUUAGAUAUUGUAAUCACUUUUUCUUCCAAAUGCCUGCCUAAAUAUUUACACUUUGCAAUCCAUCUUUGCUCCAAAUGCCUGCCUAAACAUUUAGAUAUUGUAAUCACUUCUUCCUCCAAAUGCCUGCCUAAAUAUUUAGAUAUUGCAAUCCAUCUUUGCUCCAAAUGCCUGCCUAAAUAUUUAGAUAUUGUAAUCCCUUUUUGCUCCAAAUGCCUGCCUAAAUAUUUAGAUUUUGUAAACAUUCUUGGCUCCAAAAGCCUGCAUUAA